AUGUUUGCUAAGGGCAAGAAGCAUUUAAAUAGUGAUAAAAAAAUAAAGAAGGCUCGGAAGCCAGGAAACAACUGCAAAUACAACUACAAGUGUUUUGAAAGGGUAACAGAAAAAGACAGAGCAUGUAUACUCAAAAAGUUCAAUGAAAUUGGUGAUAAAAUCCUACAAGACACGUAUCUUUCGGGUUUAAUUUUAGUAUUUUCUGUAUCCAGAGUACAGACAAAGGAUGGCAGCGGUCAUUCAAGGACAGUCAGCAACAAGUAUAGUUUCAUAAAACCUUUUUCUUUUUUGUUUUUAUAUUUAUUCUGCAUUUUACUUUUAUUUACAGGUGCGCCUUGGUAA